CCCAUGGCCAUCAAGGUGGCAUUGUUCUCCUGGGUUUUAUAGAGGCUGUGUCUGAGGUUCCUACAGCACCAAAGUAGAGAGACACCAUGGCUGCCGUCAAGAUGCUGCUGGUCUUGCUCUCCAUGGCCCUGCUGGCCGUGAACUCAGCUCAGAGGGUCAAUGAUGAUGAUGAAAAUUCACUUCAAGAGCAAGAAGCUGGUCAAGAGGAUGAGCUUCAACAAUCAUCAGCCAGUCAACUCAAUGAAGAAGAGCCAGAUGAACCUCAGACCGAGCCUCAGAACCUCCAAGGACCACAAGGCAAGAGAGGUAGUCAGCAAGGCUCUGGUGGUAACAGCCAUGGAGACCAGACUCAUCAGAGUGGAAACCAGCAAGGAGGAGAUGAUCAAGGAGGCCAAGGCCAUGGAAGUGGCCAGGCUGGCCAGGGUAGCCAAGGUGGCAGAGGUGGCCAAGGUGGCCAGAGAGAGAGUGAUGGAGAUGUCACAGAAGAAUGAACUGUAUGGCCUUUCCUCAAGUUCAAAGCAUCAAUAAAAUCCUCCACAUGAA